UAUGGAACCUAUUGUUAAUGAAUUUUCAUAAGUAAAUGAUGAUUCAGUUGAAAAAGAGAAAGCUUAAAUUACAAAUAUAAUGGUAUUUGAAACAGCAGGAACACUAUUAUUAAUCUAUGGAGCAUUAGCUACUGAGUAAAAUAAUCUUAUAACAAUAGAACCAAUUUUGGUGUAGCUCUUGUUUAUUUCAUAGGAUUAAUCGUAUGUGGAAGACUAAGCGGAGGGUACUUCAAUCCUAUUUGCACAUUAAUAGGAUAUAUAGAUGGAUCAAUUUCUAAAAAAAAAGCCAUGUAUUAUGUUGGGGCAUAGACAAUCGCUAGUCUAAUUGCAGGAAUGUUAUUGAUGCCAAUGUUUGCAUAUAAAUAAACAUUACCAUAUUUUGAAAGGUAUUAAAAAUAAUAAUUAAUAUAGAUUACCAUCACAUUAAGUAUUUGGAACAUUAAUGUCUGAAAUAGCUGGAUCUAUUAUAUUCUUUACAUUUAUAUAAAUUUAGACUGCAGAAAAUACAAAAAUAACAACAACUCCUAUACAAUCUGCUAUUUUUGUGAGUGUCAUUUAUUUUGUAGCAAGAUAGUAAAUAAUUAAUAUAUAUUUAGAUACACUGCAACAAUGGGAAAUAGUCUAUUUAAUCCAUCUGCUGCUUUUGGGUAUUAUAUUAAAAUAUAUUAGAUUGUAAUUAUUUUAUGGAAUUUAUUAUGGAAAAUGGGAUUAAAUGAUUAAUUUAUUGAUGUAUGUUCUUGGUCCAUGGAUUGGAGCAUUGUUAGCAAUCACCUUCUUUUGGAAAAUCUAUACUCCAACUCUUGUUAGUAAAUAGACAAAUUGA